AUGCCAACCGGUGUGUCGUUCAGUCCCGAUCAAAUGCCAGACCUCUCCGACAAGGUCAUCCUAGUAACUGGCGGAACAGCCGGUCUAGGGGCAGCGACGGUGCUCCAUCUGGCGAAACACUCACAGCCGCCCGCACGCAUCUACAUCAGCGGACGGAACGCAGAGCGCGCCGACGCGCUCAUCAAACAAGUAGCCGACUCCAACUCUCCGACGCUUGUCUCGUUCCUCCCCUGCAACCUGGCAUCCCUCGCCUCGGUGAACGAAGCAGCGGAGACAAUCCUCAGGCAGGAAUCCCGGCUCGACAUCCUAAUGUGCAACGCAGGCAUCAUGGCGCAGGCGCCCGCGCUGACAGUGGACGGCUACGAGGUGCAAUUCGGCACCAACCACCUGGGCCACGCACUGCUGAUCCGGAGGUGCCUGCCCCUGCUACUGCGGACAGCAGAGGAACACGGCGACGCGCGCAUCGUCGUCCUCACGUCGCUGGCCUUCCGGAUGCACCCCAGCGCCGGGAUCGUCUUCUCCGACUUGAAGACCGCCCAGCAUCUCCGCGCCCUGGGCCUUGGCCCCUGGAUCCGCUACGGGCAGAGCAAGCUCGCGAAUGUCCUGUAUGCGCGCGAGCUGGCCCGUCGGUAUCCGGCCGUCACCUGCGUCUCGGUCCAUCCGGGGGUGGUGAGCACGGGGAUGGUCGAGAACCAGAGCUGGGGGAACCGCGCGUUUGUCUACUUGACGAACCUUGGGAAGGUGAUGAAGCCUGCAGAGGGGGCGUAUCACCAGCUCUGGGCGGCGACGGCGCGGAAAGAGGCGUUGGUGAACGGGCUGUGUUAUGAGCCGGUCGGGAUUCCAUCGAAGCUUGAUAGGGUUGCUGGCGACGAUGCUUUGGCAGCGAGGCUGUGGGAGUGGACAGAGGAGGCGUUGGCUCAUUAUAUGACUAGAUCGUCUGGGUCGUCUGGGGUUUGUUGA